AUGCGGAAGAACGCGGGCAUACGCCGCCGUUCCAAACUGCCCAGCUCCCAUCAGGUUGUAACCUUCCAUCUUCCUGAUCAAACUCUCUUAGCCAGACAGAUCACUCUUACGGGGGUGGUCAUCAACACCGGCAAAAUUUUCUCCAACUCUCUUAACUCUCGUCACCACCCGUUCAACGGUUCCCGACGCUCAUCCGCUCGUGGAGGGGCAUCGGGCUCAAUCUAUUCUCAUUAA